UUAGCGACUCCCCUCCAUGAACUUUCUUUUCUUCUUUUUAAAAGGGCUGCCCCUUAGCGAAACUUCUCCUUCAUUUUCCGCUGUUUUGAACUUCGUUUUUAUGUCUUUAUGAGACCACAAACAAAACGGCUGCUGCUCUGUUCGUUCCUUUGUUCCUGGUUUGGUUUGGUUGGUCUGAAAAAUCUUUGAAAACAAUAAAUUAAAGAAGUUUUUAUCAUCUGAAUUAUUACAGACCCCUCUUCAUAAAUGAAAUCAAACUUAAUCCUUCUUGAGUAUCGACUUUGUUAAGGUAAGUCUUUCCUAUAUAUUUUUUCUUUUUGGGGAGAAAGCAACGUAACAACGACAUUUGUUAUUUCGCUUUAUGGUGAGUUUUUUCCUGAAUUUAUAAAAGAUUGAUGAUCAUGGUCUUCAUUGGAUUUUCAUCUUGUUCUUCUUUCGUUUUUUGUUGAAUACCCUUAUUUUCAUAGUGAUACCAGACAUUGUUUUGAUUUCUGCAACUUAACGUUUUUUACACGCUGACCAAAAAGACCAAAAACUUGCGUUAGGUAAGGUUGAUGGUGAUCGUGGGACAAGUUGAAGUUAAUGCUUUUUCUUAAAUGAUUUUAUGGAUAACUAAUCCUUACUCAAUAUAUACGUAAACGUACUUUUCAUUAUAAUACUUGCCAAUUUAUUAGUAUUAUUUAUCUUCCAAGUUAUUGGGUUGGUUUUACUUCUUAUUUGAAGGCAUUGCUAAUAUGAAGUUUGGUUUUGUUUGGCAGGGUUUGGAUUUUAGACAGAGUUGAACAUUUUUGCGUUUGAAACUACACAGAACUUGGCUGAAGUAAUGAACUUCCGACGAGAUAAAUUUGUAAGGUUAGUCUUUGUAAGUAGAAUUUAAUGCUUAAACAGUUCCCAUUUUGUUGUAUAAUAGUAGAAUUAUUUACCUAUUCGUAUAUAGUACAAAUCCUAGCAUGAAAUCAUGAAUAGUAGUCAACUGUAACGCCUGUUUGGAGGACCGUGGAUUGAGUAAUUGUCAACAACCGUAGGAGCUUAAUUACAUGGAUGGUUGGCACAAGAAUGAAAGCAGGGUUUCAAGAUUGGAGUUCGGAUGAUGGAUCAUUUCCAAUGAAAGUUAGACCAUCAUUGAAUGCUGCCAUGGACGGUCUCCGGAGAGUAUUUGAGAAGAGUUCUGAAAGGGUUAGAAGCUUGAAGAAACCAAUAAGCUUCCGUUCUUCGGGUAAUAAACCAACAAAAGAGAAGGCAUUGGGUAAGGGUUCCAGGAAUAGAAUUCUUAAUCCACAGGGACAAUUUCUUCAGACCUGGAAUAAAAUGUUUCUUCUCUCCUGUGCAAUUGCUCUGGCCGUGGAUCCCUUGUUCUUUUACAUCCCUGUGAUUGAUGGCCGACGGAAAUGCCUUAACUUGGAUGACAGAUUGGAAAUAACUGCUUGCGUCCUUCGUACAUUCAUUGAUGUCUUUUAUAUACUUCACAUGAUCUUUCAAUUCCGUACUGCGUUUGUUGCCCCUCCUUCUCGGGUAUUUGGUAGGGGUGAGUUGAUUGAGGAUCCUCGGGCUAUAGCAAAGAGAUACUUGUCCAAGUACUUCUUUUUUGAUUUUCUGGCGAUUCUUCCACUGCCGCAGGUGGUAAUCUUAAUUAUAAUUCCUACAAUAGAUGGCCCGGUUUCAUUGAUCACAAAGGAGUUAUUGAAAUCCAUUAUUUUCUGCCAAUAUGUUCCAAGAAUCAUUCGAAUCUUUCCUCUUUACAAAGAAGUUACAAGAACUUCUGGCAUACUUACUGAAACAGCAUGGGCUGGAGCUGCUUUGAAUCUCUUCCUCUACAUGCUAGCCAGUCAUAUAGUUGGAGCCUUUUGGUACUUGUUUUCAAUAGAACGAGAAGACACGUGCUGGCGCAAUGCUAUAGGCAGUGGUGAAGAAAGUGCGUUGUACUGUGAUAAACAUGGUACAACAAAAAACGCCACAUUAGUGAGUCUGCUGAAUACUUCAUGCCCUUUUACAAAUCCUGACGACAUAAAGGAUCCUGAGGUCUUCAACUUCGGUAUAUUCAUUGAUGCACUUAAUUCAGGGGUGGUGGAAACCUGGGAUUUUCCAAAAAAGUUUUUUUACUGCUUUUGGUGGGGUUUGCGUAAUCUAAGUUCUCUGGGCCAAAAUCUCAAAACAAGCACUUUUGUAUGGGAGAUAUUCUUUGCUAUUGGGAUUUCAAUUGCUGGACUGGUUCUAUUUUCACUGCUUAUUGGGAAUAUGCAGAAAUAUCUGCAGUCAACAGGAGUCAGAAUAGAGGAAAUGAGAGUGAAAAGGCAAGAUGCAGAACAAUGGAUGUCCCAUCGAAUGCUUCCUGAGAACCUGCGGGAACGUAUCAGGCGAUAUGAACAGUACAAAUGGCAAGAAACCAGAGGGGUUGAAGAAGAGACGCUGAUGUCUAACCUUCCUAAAGAUCUCAAGAGGGAUAUAAAGAGGCAUCUUUGCUUGGAUCUUCUCAAGAGAGUGCCAAUGUUUGAAAAAAUGGAUGAGCAACUAUUAGAUGCAAUGUGUGAUCGUCUCAAGCCGGCGCUUUACACUGACAAGAGCUACAUUGUCCGAGAGGGGGAUCCAGUGGAAGAGAUGCUAUUUAUCAUCCGAGGAAAUCUAGUAAGUACGACCACCAAUGGUGGAAGAACUGGCUUCUUCAAUGCUGUUUAUCUAAAGGCUGGUGACUUUUGUGGAGAUGAUCUUCUUACCUGGGCCUUGGAUCCCCAGUCCUCUUCCAACUUGCCUAUCUCAACUAGAACUGUUCAGGCCGUAACAGAAGUUGAAGCCUUUGGUCUAAUGGCAGGUGAUUUGAAAUUUGUCGCCUCCCAGUUUCGACGUCUUCACAGCAAGCAGUUCCAGCAUACGUUCAAGUUCUACUCGGUGCAAUGGCAGACAUGGGCAGCAUCUUUUAUACAAGCAGCUUGGCGCCGGCACUGCAAGAGGAAGCUUGUUAAUUCUUUACGUGAAGCGGAGGAUAAGCUGCAAGACGCUUUAUCAAAAGAGUCUGGAACCUCGCCAAGCCUUGGUGCCACUCUUUAUGCAUCAAAAUUUGCUGCCAAUGCAUUACGAACCUUGAGGAACAAUGGUUCACAAAGCGCCAGAUUUCCUCAAAGAUUACCAUCGCUGCUUCCUCAAAAGCCAGCCGAGCCUCAUUUUACUGCUGAAGAUAGCUAAUUAAGAGUUUUGAUCUUAUGUUCGAGAAAAUUUGGAAGAAAUCACUGUUUGUAUAAUGCAUUAAGCUAAACAGAUGUCUGCAUAAUUUUUCUUAAUUCCAAAAUUUUUCCGGAGGAAAUUAAAGUUUCUGUAAAAUUUUCUGUAUGAUAUGUAUAAUACUAUAUAUAAAAAGAGAAAAAAAAAGAAAAAAGAAAAAGAGCAGUGCAUGAAGCAUGAUUUCUCUAACAUCAAGUAUGAUCAUAAAUGUCCACAAUUAGGAUUUGUUACACAUUAACAUCGAGUACAAUGUAAUUGCGUAACUAAUUUCAGAGAUGAUUGAUUCAUAUAGAUACAAUUUAUUUGAUAUGCUCUUGUUUUUGACGUUUCUAACUUUUAACUCUUCCCUAGUUUGGCACAAUUGAUAUAUCAAAAAAAAUGUUAAGCGAAGACCAUGCAAGAAGAAAACUCAAAAUCAAAAUGACUUUUUAACGCUGAAAUAUUCAUAAAUGAAAGAUGGAAGACAAAGGAAAAUAUUGGUACUUGCCUACCGGUAACAAUCUGUAUUGCCAGUAAUUGAAGGAAUACAAACAUCAACACCGCAUUUCUUGGCAAUUAGAGGCACUCGGGAGGUGUCAUAUGGGCCAACUUUUGCCAAUACUACUUUAAGGCAUUCGCAUACUACUUGUUGAUCUUUUUGGUUUUUGCUUGGUUAGCACUACCUUUAGCACCUGCAUAACGUCAACAUGCCGGCGAUUGGCUGCCUCCAGCAUUUUUGCCUUUUAGCGAGG